ACUAUAAAAUAAAGGGUCAAAACCUUCGAACUUAACAAGUUGAGGAGUUAAAAGUAGGGUUUUGCCCUCGUUUCUCAGACUCCUCCCAACCAUCUCGGAUUUCAGACCUAAAAUCUCUAAUAUAAAGUAAGUUCUUUAUCAUUGCUACUGCCGAGGACUUGCCUUAAUUGUUUAGUUAGUACAGAAACAAUCAUUAUCCGAAAGAAGCCAUCUCUUUUACGCUAGCCAGUGCCCAGCGUCACAGAACAAGAGGGAGGGGAAGCGACAAGUCACAGGUCACCGGAGCUAGACUGGAAAUUUUGUCGUCUUACCAGACAAUACACGACGUUCCGGUGGAAUAAGUGGAGGAAGUAGUAUCCUGAAGGAGAACUGAGGAAGUGAUAUGGCGUUGGAGGCGGUAAAAGACCUCGCUUUUCACAUAAUUCUUUUGAAACUAGGUCCCAAAGAUACUGCGAAGGUUUCCUGUGUCAGCAAAAGGCUUAGGGAUUCUGCUUCUGGUCACCUUCUCUGGUCCAAAUUUUGUCUUGAUGAUCUGGAUCUCGUAUCCCCUCAAGACCCUCAUGGAAACCCUGCUCCCUCUUUCAAGGUAGCUUAUCAAUUAUGGAGAGAAGCUUUUGCUAUGUACCCAUGGCCACUUGUUCUGCGAGUGAAAAGAUGUUGGGGCAGGAUUAGGAGCUGGUUGAGCAAUAAUUUUCCGAAGGCAGAGGCUACCCUCCGAGGAGGGGCAUCAGAAUCUGAUAUUGAACAAUUAGAGAACCUCUUAGAAGUGAAAUUGCAUCUUCCCACUAGGGUUCUCUAUCGCUUUCAUGACGGCCAAGAAUUAGUUGCCAAGAAGCUGUCUGGCAAUUCACACUUUUUAUUGGGAAUCAUGGGUGGCUACUGUUUCAACAACCGUUGGGUUAAUGUCUACUUGUUGUCUCUUAGUGAGGUGAUUGUCAAGACAAAGGCGGUUGCACAUCGUCUGGGUUUUCUAAGCAAAUAUAAGUACAUUGUUGUGGCUGCUUCCUCGACUGCUAGUAUUAAGCCUUUUUUCCUUAGCUGCCGAAAUGGCCAACUCACUGUCGGUGCAAGGAAUAUUUUAACACGUGGGGAAAUGAUUCAGUGUGUGCCAAAUUCGCUUAUUCGGUCUGUCCUUGAUUCUAGUGGUGAUCAGCAGCAAGAUGCUAUGUUGCUAUGCUUAGAAGAACAUGGCCGUCGCUUAGAAAGUGGCAUUAUCAAAGUUUGUGAACGAAAGAAUAUCAAAAGUAUCAGUCUGUUUCCAGAGGUUCCUCCCUUAUGUUCUGUAGCAGUAACCAAUGGUGUUCAGAUUGGUAGACCGAAAAGGUGGCCUGUUUGAAGUUCAAGUGGCAAGGUUCCCCGUAGAGGUGCAAGAUUAUAUUUACUGAUUGAACUUUUCAUGGUUCUCCUGAAGCACCGGAACAGAACUGAUUCUAAACGUCCUCUGUUAAUCAGUAUGAGAAGACCCUUUCAGCCUCAUACUUAAGCUACAAAAAAAGUCACGAUCCGUUCUUUGUUGUUUAAGUAGGUUUUGUGAUUUGGUAUGAAUUUAUUCACUUGAUAUCCAGUGAUAUUUUUUUACAUAUCCCUUUCGGUUUAUGUGAGCAUGCCCAAGAAUUGUUUUUUCUUUUUGAUAGAAAGAGAGAAAUAGAUAGAUACUACAUAGAAAUUACAGUAGUUCUGGGAAACAAAGUCCCAAUAGAGCAUUAUACAAGAAUUAUGUUUGGUUGCUUCAAGAGAAGCUAUUUUAGGACCAGGAGCAAACACAUGCACUGAACAGAGCAAACUGGCACUAAACCCCGGCUAUUUAC